CCCCAUAAGCGUUUACGUUUUCCAUGGCUUCUUCUGGGAUUCCCAGAUCUUGUUCGUGUUUCUGGUUGCUAUCUAUUCUACUCGCCGGAUCUGCAUGGAUCAGAUCGAGAUCUACCGGCCGAUGGUAGUUUCCGAACGGUGCAAGCCAUAUUUAUUUUUACCUUUGGAGGCUACUGUUGAAUCUUGUCUCUGCAAGGCCUUGAGGUAUUGGAUUAUUUGUAUCCACAGGUAUGGGGAAGAAUCGAUGAUCUCGACGUGGAUCCUGCAGCGGGCGAUUAGGAUUUACGAGAUUUUGGGAGGAGCGCGCUAUAGUGGUCUGUCAUAUUGUUCUGAAAGAUCUUUGUCAUCCGACCUUUGCCAUGACAGGUGCGCUUGCAUGGCAGGUCAAGAGUAUCUUAAUAAAAUGAGUCUUUUUUGGUUCCAGAGGAGACCGCACGGGAAUUUGCUCGGGGUCUCCUCUUCUUGUGUGGUGUGUGCUCCUUUAUGUUCUGCGUUCCUUAUUUCCUUUCCCGAUCGCCUGCAUACCGCCACUGGUGCGAAGGAUACGUUGGCCGAUUUAACAGAGCGAUCGAGCUCGUUAGUGUUUAGUGCCGAUUCAUCGAAAGUGCGGAAAGUCUCAUGCAUGGAUCUUAUGUGAACGUUCAGCAUGUGGCCCGGGGGUGACUAUGCGGCAAGCAGAAGUACGCUUAAUAGAAUAUCCAAGUUUCCUUGUUCCGAACAUGCCUCUUCAGUUCUUACAUUUUAUAGAGAGAUCGUCUCACAUGAUUUCGUUUUCUUAUUUUUAUAAGCUGGUAUUUUUCUCAUUCCUUGAAGUUAUUGUUCUUACAUGCCUACCUUUUGCUUUUUACUGUAUACUAGUUGAUUGUAGAUUGUGGUGAUGUGAGUCAUUUUUUACAUAAUUGACGUUAUCCAAACAUUGUGUUCUCUCACAGUUAGACUGGUUUGUGGUAGCGUGGUUAGGAUUUCUUGUGCUUGGUUUGAAGAACAGUUUAACCAGGAUCUUCACAAUUUAGUGAUAUCAACGAGCUGGAGUUGUCUCAAUCUGGAUUUCAAGCUCUAAUUCAUGCUAUUUAUGCUUGAAAGAUAUCUUGGCGCAUAGUAGGUUAGAUUGUCUUGCAUUUGGAAUUUAUUUGGAAUUUCUUUUUAAACCAGUUUUUUCUUCAUUUGAUUUUCAAUGUAUAAAAUCUGAGCCCCGGGAUUGGUAAGUUAUAACUUUAAUUAUAUUUAAUUGAUUGAUAAUCGAUAAUAGUGUAGAUUUUUUUAAUUGUCUUUUUGGUUCAUGAUGUAUAUAAUUUUGUUUAUAGACUAGUUGGUUGUAAUUCUGAUGGGUGGCAGUGAAGGGUGGGGGAAAGCUGGAAAGGGUUAAAUUAUUUCAGUUUAUUUUUUCUCUUUGGGUCUCAGCUUCUCAGUGAUAUAAAGUUAAAACUUCAUGUUGCCUAAUGCGAGGCAUUCAAUUUAAUUUUUUUUUUCCCGGGUUUUGAGCGGGGGUUGCUGUGGUGGUUUGCGCUUCCAAAGGCAGAGCGAUAUGCGGAGAGUUCUGCACAUGAUGGUUGGAGUAUAUCUCCCAAGUGAGUCCCGCCCCAUCUCGUGUCUCUGUUCUUUGCAAUGUAUUUUGCUUGUUAAGCGAAGAAUUCUGUUUUGCCCUUGAAAGACAAUCGCAAAGCAUGGUUUGCUUGGAAACCCACCCGUGACCUCUAAUAUUGUGCUGUAAUUAUAUGCCAGUGUAGUUUUGUUAAAACUAUAAUCUAAAUUUAAUUUAAUACGCCCAUAUACGUUCUCUCUAA